AUAUGGCGGAAGGAGUGACGCAACUUUGUGAACUCUGCAACAGAUUGCGAUUAUCAUUGUUUACAUCCUCGAAAUUGAGAAAUAUGCCUCCUGUGUUUCAUUUGAUUCUUGCAAGCCUUACGGGAGUUGCUGUGGCGCUGAUCGCGACGUACAUUCCCUCAAUAUGGAGGCCGUGGUUUUGGCGUCCAUCACUUGAAUCAUACGCACCUGGUUUCAAUCUUGUCUUAGCACCACAAACCGCUUUAGUGGAGAAAACUCCUUUGCAAGGGGAGGCUCUUCAUGCUCUUAAACUUGCUUUAGAAAUGAAUGGUGAAAGAAAAAGAGACAAAGCCUUGAAACUUUUCAAACAAGCUGAAGCAUUAUCACCUCAUCACCCUGAGAUUCUUUUACAUUAUGGGGAAUUUCUUGAAGAAGAUGAUGUAAUUCAUGCUGAGCAUCUUUAUACAAGAGCUCUAGCUGUUAGUCCUGAAAACUCCAGGGCAAUGGCAAACAGAGGAAGGACAUUACCCAAGGUACGACAGCUUGAUCAGGAAAUGCUUGAUAAGAUUGAUAAGAAAAGAGAUGAACUCUUCCGUGUUCCAAAAGGAAGCCUAGCUAUGAAAAGAGCUGUUACUGAGGCUUACUACAAACAUAUAUAUCACUCAAAUGCCAUUGAAGGUAACACAAUGACAUUAUCAAUGACAAGAGCAAUUGUGGAAACAAGAAUGGCAGUGCCUGGAAAGAGUAUAUUAGAGCACAAUGAAGUCUUAGGGCUUGACGAAGCAAUGAAAUUUGUCAAUGGGUCCCUACUCCAAAAACAAGAAAAAAUUACAUUAGAUGACGUUGUUGAAAUACACCGCCGCGUUUUGGGACAUGCUCACCCUUUGGAAGCUGGUAGAUUCAGAACCACACAGGUAUUUGUAGGGAAUCAUGUUCCCCCCGGCCCAAUGGAGAUUGAAAGACAUGUGAAUGAAUUUAAUGAAUGGCUUAUGUCCAGAGAACCUGAAAUGCUUCAUCCCAUAGAAUUUGCAGCUCUUGCGCAUUACAAACUUGUCUACAUUCAUCCAUUUACAGAUGGCAAUGGAAGAACUAGCAGACUGUUAAUGAAUUCCAUUUUGAUGCGAGCAGGGUUCCCUCCAGUUAUUAUUAGAUUUCAAGACAGAUACAAAUAUUAUGAAUACUUAGAUAUGGCCAAUCAUGGUGAUGUUAGACCUUUUAUAAGAUUUGUGGCCAGGUGUACAGAAAGAACCAUUGAUGAGUAUCUGUCGGUAACAACUAUUUAUCCAGUGGGUCAUGAGAAGCAUCCAGAGUUGACUGAUGCCCAUGACAUAAAUAGUGAAAAUACAUUUAAUGUGGAUAAAAAUUCACAAUAAUUAAAUAAAAAUUAGCUUGCCUUUUGUGCAGAAAUAUGCACAGAUAUUUGUCCACAGACAUUUCUGUUCUGAGAUGAGGACAGUUUUCCAAGAGCAAAGUUUAAGGAAAACUUUGAACUUUGUAGAACAAAUGAUGAUGUUGAAGGGCAAAUGUACGAGUAGAUUUUUGCACCAACUGGAGGCUAUUGUGUUUAUUGUCCUUCAAAUAUUUGUGCAGUGCAUGGGGAAAUCUCAAGGAACAGCUUCCUGUUUGCUGCAUGGGAUGUUUUCUUUUUAGUGAUUGCUGUUAUGACUUUAUGAACAAACAAACAUGUUACUUCCUCUUCUGUAACAGUAGCUGAACCAACUGCACACAAGCAAAAUUAUUUGAUGAAUUAUAAUAUCACAUUUAUUCUGGUGAUGUUAGGGAUAUUUUUUCAAAUUACACUGCAAAGAACAGUUUUACUGUUAAAAAUAUUUAAAGAAUAUAUACAGGAGGUGAAAUUGAGAUUCUUUUGUCCUUUUUUUUGGACAACCUUACUCAAAACAGCUGGAUAACUGCACCUGUAUGUGGUAACUCAGCCAAAAAUAUUAACUGAGCUGUAUUUAUAACCAAAUAUUGUACUAGAAAGGUCUAUUUAAUAGUUUAAAAUGUUAAUCACCAAAAAAACAAUACACAGGUUUAAAAAAUUAAUGAGAAUAUAUGUCAAAGUAUUUUAUUGAGAAAUCAAAGAGGUCUGACCUACAGGAGUCUUUUUCUACUUUAAUUAUCCACUCCUUCAAUUCAUUUCCUUCCCCUCCACACCCUCUCUGUGGUUUUAUGACAAGUGAUUCUGUAUGCAGAAGAAGUUCAGUGCACACUUGCAGAAUUCAGUUUGCAAAUUGAGACUGUUAGACCACACAUUUGUGGGUUUAAGAACCAGUUGGAUUUGGGAAUGGUUCUAGGAGCUGAGUGAAGUCCAAUUCUAUCUGUAAUCCUUCAAUUGAUUACAGAUUUGGAGAACAGCACAGUGGAGUCAGUUUUGUGAAGCAAGGAGUAUGAUUACAUGAAGUCCUGUUACCAAUUAGUCAUGACCAUUACAAUUAAAAAAAAAAAACAAAUACAUUCAGGGGAAAUGUCUCCAGUAAAGACAUUAUUUAAAGUUAAAAAACUCCUCCAUUUUGGAAACUCCCCUGUUUUAAUAGGAAAGUGCUUAUUGCCAUGGUAAUUAUUGUUAUCAAUUCUGUGAUCAGUGGAUUUAGCUAAGAUGACUUUGUAUGAUUGGCUGCUUUAACUUUCCAAAUACAGGUCUGAGUACAGCUAACUGUUCAAUCACACUGUCUGACCACAACUCUACAAAAUAAUUGGUGAAAAUAAAGCAGCUAAUGCACCAAUUACA